AUGUCCAACCAAGACAUUCAUCCCAAUAAAUACAGCGAGCUGCGAAGUAUCUGUAAAUACUACAUUGAUUCAUACAUUGCUUUGUAUCAGCUGAAAACGGAAAAGGAAGAAGAAUUAAAAGAUAUUUACAAAAUAAUCAAAACAGAAUUGAUUGAUUCAAAGAAAUACCCACCAAAAAAUAUUAUGGAAGAUAUUUUAAAUAUCAUUCGGUAUAAUAAUCGCUAUACAAAGUCAUAUUUAUCUCUUGCCAAACUCAUAUCUGAUGAUUAUCAUGUUGAAAAGGUCAAAAAUAUUCCCAUGAUUUCUAUUCUCUUGUUUUACAAAGAAUAUGGUAUUAAAUUAGAUAAAUACCUUAAUUUUAAAAAUUUUAACUCAGUAAAUAUGGAUAUUCAUACAGAAAAUACGAUUUACAGAGCAAUUAUGAAUAAUGACUUAGAAACAUUUAUCUUGUUCACUGAAAGAGAAGGAUUUAAUAAAGAUCAAAAACUUGAAAGUAGUUUAUAUCCAUUUUCUUUCAAAUCUUAUAAUGGAUAUUCGUUACUUGAAUUAUGUUGUUACCAUGGAGCAGUUGAUUGUUUCAAAUUCUUAAGAACUAAAUAUGGUUCAGAAAUAACUCAAAAAUGUCUUCAAUUAUCAUUUUUAGGAGGAAAUCCAGAGAUCAUGAGUGAAUGUCUGAAAUAUCAGAAACCAGAUAAAUUUUGCAUGGAAUAUGCAAUUAUUUCACACAACAUUAAUUUUGUUACAUUCUUGAUGAAUGAGUUCAAUAUAGAGAUCGAUUUGGAUUAUUGUGUACAGUAUAAUAAUCUUGAGUCAUUUUUAGUUUAUUUCGAUCAAACUAAUGAUAUUAAUGCAUGCUUUUUUAAUUCGACGAGGUUCAAUAUUCCAUCCCUUUGCAAAUAUUUUCUAUCAAAUGGUGCAAAUAUCAAUACAAAAGAUAAACAUGAAGAAACCGCUCUUCAUAAAGCAGCACGUUAUGAUAGUAAAGAAAUAGCCGAACUUCUUAUUUCACAUGGUAUAAAUAUCAAUGAAAAAAAUAAAUAUGGAGAAACAACUCUUCAUAGAGCAGCACGUUAUGAUAGUAAAGAAACAGCCGAACUUCUUAUUUCACACGGCGCAAACAUCAAUGAAAAAGAUAAUGAAGGAGAAUCCGCCCUUCAUAUUGCAGCAUAUGAUAAUAGUAAAGAAACAGCCAAACUUCUUAUUUCACAUGGUAUAAAUAUCAACGAAAAAAACAAUAAUGGAAGAACUGCUCUUCAUAAUGCAACACGUUGUGAUAGUAAAGAAACAGCCGAACUUCUUAUUUCACAUGGUAUAAAUAUCAAUGAAAAAAAUAAUAAUGGAGAAACAGUUCUUCAUAAAGCAAUAUUUUAUAAUAGUAAAGAAACAGCCAAACUUCUUAUUUCACAUGGUAUAAAUAUCAACGAAAAAAAUAAUAAUGGAAGAACUGCUCUUCGUAUUGCAGCAUUUAAUAAUAAUAAAGAAACAGUCGAACUUCUUAUUUCACAUGGAGCGAAUACCAAUGAAAAAGAUAAUAUGGGAGACACCCCCUUCAUAUUGCAGCAAUUAAUAAUAGUAAAGAAACAGCCGAACUUCUUAUUUCACAUGGUAUAA